AUGCAGCUCCCAAUGUGUUUACUUUGUAAUAAAGUGUUCUCCAAUGAGGCAAUGAAACCAUCUCGUUUGCAGGAACAUUUGCAAAAAGUUCAUCCUGACAAACAAAAUAAAUAUUUGUCGUUUUUCACAAAUAUUAGGAACAAGUUUCUGAAGGCACCAUCGGUCUCAGGCUUAUUCGCAAGCUCAUCAAAACAAUGCGAUGAUGGUUUGAUUGCUUCUUAUAAUAUAUCAAAAUUGAUCGCAAAAUCGGGUAAAGCCCAUACCAUAGGCGAAGAGUUAAUACUUCCAGCUGUUAAAGAAAUUAUAGAAACGGAUUUACACCAUUCAGCCUCACACAGUGUAAUCAAAAAAGUCCCAUUAAGCAACGAUACUGUGCGACGGCGAAUCGACGACAUGGCGGAAGACGUUGAAAUUUCAUAUGUGAACUUCUAG